AUGGGGGACUGCAGAUUAAGGUUAGGUAACUUUUGCUUCCAAGGAAGUAUAACAGAAGAAAUCAUGGAGAAUUCUUUAACAGAUGAGAGUUAUGAUCUGGGUUAUGAGGCUUCACCAUCAUCUUUCGAUCCCAACGAUCAUUCAACGAAUUCUCCGAUGAGUACUGUCUCUUUUAAUUACUGCAGGACAAAUUCAGAGAUGUCAACCUUCUCUGAACCAAAUGAUAGCUGCUCCGAGGGUGCUUCCCCUUUCAGGUGGCACCCGCCCAGGGCCGCUACCCCUCCUAUGGCUUCACCUUCUAGGCUUGGAAUGAAGAAGUACAUGUAUAGCAUUGAUUCAGGGCUUGAUGAGUUGGAGGCAGUAGAUAUAGAGCUUGAGAUAAUGAAAGAAAGAUUUUCAAAGCUUCUACUGGGUGAAGACAUGUCAGGAAGCGGGAAAGGUGUAUGUACUGCAGUCACAAUCUCUAAUGCCAUCACUAAUCUUUAUGCUACUAUAUUUGGCAAUGCUUUGAAGUUGGAACCUAUGAAGCCGGAGAAGAAGAUGAUGUGGAAAAAAGAAAUGGAUUGUCUACUCUCAGUGUGUGAAUACAUUGUAGAGUUUGUUCCUGAAGACGGACAUGAUAUUGAGGUUAUGUGUACAAGGCCAAGGACAGAUAUUCAAAUGAACUUGCCUGCACUAAGGAAACUUGAUGGAAUGCUCAUGGACAUUUUGGACAGUUUCGAAGAAAAAGAGUUUUGGUAUGCUGAACAGGGUAACGCGUCUAUGAAUUCAUCGAGAGCAACCUCAUUCAGGAAGGUUGUUGCACGAAAAGAUGAAAAAUGGUGGCUGCCAAUCCCCUGUAUCCCACCGGGUGGCCUCUCUGAAACAGGGAGGAAACAUUUAAAGCACCAGCGUGAUUGUGCCAAUCAGAUUCACAAAGCUGCCAUGGCCAUCAACAAUAAUACUCUUAAUGAAAUGGAAGUACCAGAAUCUUACAUUUUAGGGCUUCCAAAGAGUGGAAAAUCUUGCCUAGGAGAUGCUAUAUACAAGUACAUACACAAUGCAGAAUUUUUCGCCCCUGAUCACCUCCUUGAUACAUUAAAGAUAACCUCGGAACACGAAGCACUUGACCUUGCUGACAGAGUGGAAGCUUCCAUGUACACAUGGAAACGCAAGUCUGGAAUGACACAUUCGAGAUCAUGGCAUGUGAUGAAGGAUUUCAAGUCAGAACCGGAUAGGAAUGACAAGAAUCAUGUUCUUGCAGAAAGAGCUGAAUCUCUGCUGUUUUUCUUAAAGCAUAGGUUCCCUGAACUAUCACAGACAACAUUAGACACAUGCAAAAUCCAAUACAAUAGGGACGUCGGCCAAGCAAUCUUAGAAAGCUAUUCAAGAGUGCUGGAAGGUUUCGCGUUCAAUCUUGCUGCUUGGAUUGAUGAUGUACUCUCUGCAGACAAGUUGAUGAAAAACCAAGAACAAUAGAGAACAAAAAGACUUAUCCAAGUACCAGAAAUCUCUGCCUAUUUUGCAUCUUCACAGCACGUAAAAUUCUCAUCACAGGAAACCCGACAAGGCCAAGAGAUGAACACAAUUUGCAUAUGUACAUUUGUGAUGAACACCAAAAUUAGCACAUUAGGUCUUUGCAAAUUAAGUCAAUAUAUACAACAACGUUCAACGGUGCAGCGAGAACUGCUAUAGCUGAAUUUUAUGUUCUCAGAUAUAGUUUAUGAUUCUCAAGUUGCAUUCCAUUUCCUAAUAGCUGUACAUAAGAUAAACUAUGCAACUUAUAUAUGCUAUAAUCAAAGUCCAAAUGCACAAAUGAUCAUUUGAAAAAAUGUGCAGAGUCCUAUUCUGUUCAACUCCACUGCGAAAACAGUCCAAGUUCAAUUUUCAAACCCAAGUCCAACAUGUACAACAUUCAACUUUGUUCUAGUACAAACCGAUCAAGAUAAUCUAGUUCCAUUCAAAUGGUAAAUCGAUCAAAAUUUUGGACACGAAUGCUCAAGUAAUAUGAUAUUUACAGAUUGUGUGAUUUGAAGCAUCAAAUUUACUUGACAAAUAAUUAGCCAAGAUGCAUCAAAAUUUUGUCACUGAUAACCAAAUUCCACCAUUUUGCAAACAACAAAGAUCACCCAGAUUUUGAAACCAUUUGAUUGAUACAAUAAUAUAUCGAAAUAACAAGAUAAAAAUACCACAAAAUUCCUCCAGAAUGUAAGAUUCUUCAAAUUCUGCCCCAAUUUCUUAAUUUUUUCACAUAAUACCCAAAACCCACAUAAUUUCAUGGGUCACCCUAAAUUUAAACCCUAAAUCCAACAAAGAAUUGCACAAAAUAAAAGAUGGAAUAAAACCCUAAAAUAGAGAAUUAAACAUCAGUAAGAGAAGCCCUGGUGAGAAGCCUGGAAUUAGGGAGAGGUUUAAGAGAAGGAGGAGAUGAAGCAGCAGAUUUGAAAGCUUCAAUCUUUGAUUUACAUUUGAUUUUAUCACCUUUGUUGUCUUCCAAACACUUCCUUAGAACUUGUGCGUCUGUAAGGGAAGAUGGCUUCUUUGCCUCCUUGGGAAUUUUUCCAUUGGCACUUUCAGAAGUCAUUUUUUUAUGAAUGGAGUUAUUGGAGUAGUUGCUACUUCCAAACAAGUGCUUUAUGUUUAUCGCGUAGAGUUUUAGUGGAAUGCAAAAUUUUGUACAAUAAAUUUUUUGUUUUUAAGAAAUGAGCAAAAA